AUGUCCUCCGAAUCCACCCCCCGCUUCUCCCCCUCCGACGUAACAGUCGUCUUCCUCCUCGGCGGCCCCGGCAGCGGCAAAGGCACCCAGUCCAACAACCUCGUCCGGGACUACGGCUUCAUCCACCUCUCCGCCGGCGACCUCCUCCGCGCCGAGCAAGUCCGCGAAGGCAGCCAGUACGGCGCCCUCAUCAAGGACUACAUCCGCGAAGGCAAGAUCGUGCCGAUGGAGAUCACCGUCGCCUUGCUCUCCAACGCGAUGGCCGACGCCCUGCAGAGCGGGACCGUCCCCGCGGGCCACCGGCCGCGGUUCCUCAUCGACGGGUUCCCGCGCAAGCUGGACCAGGCUGUCUUCUUCGAGAAGACCGUCUGUCCGUCGCGGUUGACGCUCUUCCUCGAUUGUCCCGAGGAGGUCAUGGAGUCGCGGCUGAUGAAGCGCGGUGAGACCUCUGGUCGGGACGACGAUAAUGCCGAGUCGAUCCGCAAGCGCUUCCGUGUCUUUGUGGAGACUAGCAUGCCUGUUGUGACGGCUUUUGCGGAGCAGGAUAAGGUUGUUACUGCGUUGGCUACUGGGUCUGUGGAUGAUGUGUAUGCUCGGAUCCGGGAGGGGUUCACGGCUCGUGGCAUUAACCCUAUCUAA